AUGCGUCAGGUGUGGCUGGCAGAAAGAGCCCUAGCUGAUCCCGCAGCUGGGCCACCUAGACCAGUCCGAAUGCAUUUCGUCGAAGAUGCGGCCCGGGAUAGUGGCCGGAACAACCUGCCUACCGCAAAUGAAGUUGCGGCCGUGUUCGUAGGUGAAGGUGGUCUCCCUCACAGACACAUCAAUCUGGUCAUCUACGACACCAAUCCAAUCGACCAGCAACGGAGGACGCAAUUCAUACCAGCGGGGUCGUGUCACUCGGAUCCCAUGUUGUAUCCGCUGUUUUUCCCAUACGGCGAGGCCGGUUGGCAUAACGGGAUGUUGCAAGAGGGCCCUCGAAGAAAUAAUGUUCGCAGUCGAAACACUAUAAGAGAGUUUGCGUGCUACCGUUUGGGCAUUCGUUAUGAGGGAAAUAACGACACGAAGCACCGACUGUUCAGUUCAUUACAUCGAGGACGGUCAUUGUUGCACAUGUAUGUGUGCGACCAAUACGUUCAGAUGGAAACAUACAAUCUGAACUAUAUACGUGAGAAUCAGAGGGAUCUCCUUACCGAAGCGUAUCAAGGGCUCGUGGACCAUGUGAACAGACACCUCAACAUCGAACCCAUGGCGGUCGGCCGUAGGAUCAUUUUGCCAUCAACGUUCGUGGGCAGCGAACGAUACAACAAGAUGUGUUAUAAUCAUAAGUAUUAUAUCAUCAUAUAA